CCGGACCAAGCGCGAUCACGAACGACAAUCGGACAGAGCGGAGAUUGAUCACGAGCGACGAAGAUCAGUGGUGGAGUGAAAAAGAAACAAAGAACACUAAUCAGAACGAGCAUAUACAAAUGAGUUCGAAAAGAGGGAGUGGGAGACCCAAAAUGGCUAACAAUGAUAUGUCCAAAGGGAAGAGCAUAUCCGAAUCUCAGCCUAGUAUUGAUCAGUUGACUCAGAGUGUUGCUGACACCAUGCUAAACUCAGGACAAGAUGAUGGUGAAUGGGAGGUAUAUGCAAAAAAAUCGAAGAACAGAGCUGGAAGCAGUGCUGCAAAGCCAUGGGGGGCGCCAGCCCAUAAUUCUAAUCCUAAGACUUGGGUAAGCAGAAAUGGCUCAAAGCCAGCAUCCGAUCAUGGAGAGUUUGGAAGAUCUUCUGGAAAUUCCUGGCAGACACAAAAUGCCAACUUUAGGAGACCAGCUGGCAGAGGAAAUGGUAGGCCUCAGUCAGCAACAAGUGGAUAUGAAGGCAACUAUGUGCCUCCCAAAUCCCUUAAUCGGCCUCCACUUGAGCAUGGCUGGAAAUUGGCAAUCCAGACCGGUGCAAUACAGCCCAAUGUAAGGAAUGCAAUAGCACCUGAACACUUGUACAGAUAUGAUGUUGAUGAUGACAUGAGUGAUGAUGAAGAGGACCAGAUGCUUGAAGAUACUGAUGAUGAUCUACUGAGUGAUGACUAUGAUUCUGAUGUUAGUCCAAAAGAGCAUGAGACACGUAAGAAGAACAAAUGGUUUAGGAAGUUCUUUGAGAAUUUGGAUGGCUUGACUGUUGAACAGAUUAAUGAACCAGAAAGACAGUGGCAUUGUCCAGCUUGUCAAGGUGGUCCUGGAGCUAUUGAUUGGUACAGAGGACUGCAGCCCUUGGUGACACAUGCCAAAACAAAGGGAUCUAAAAGGGUGAAGAUUCACCGAGAACUUGCUAUACUUUUGGAUGAGGAAUUACGCAGGAGGGGUACUUCAGUAAUUCCAGCUGGGGAGGCAUUUGGAAAAUGGAAAGGUUUGAAAGAAGAAGAAAAAGAUCAUGAAAUAGUUUGGCCUCCAAUGGUUAUCAUUCAGAAUACGAAGCUUGAACAGGACGAAAAUGAUAAGGUUGAUAGUAUGGGUAACCAAGAAUAUCUUCUUGAUUAUUUUAGCACAUAUGCUGCUGUUAAAGCUCGCCACUCUUACGGCCCACAAGGUCAUCGAGGGAUGAGUGUGUUGAUAUUUGAAGCAUCAGCAAGCGGCUAUCUAGAGGCAGAGCGUCUGGACAAGCAUUUUACAGAGCAAGGAACUGAUAAAGAUUCUUGGUUCAAUCGCCCUAAUUUAUAUCUCCCUGGGGGAAAGCGCCAGCUCUAUGGUUACAUGGCUACAAAAGAAGAUCUUGACUUUUUCAAUAGGCAUAGCCAAGGUUUCAUUUCCUCUUUCCUCAUUACUUUUCUUCUUAUUUGUACUGUGCAAAUUGUUGUGUACUAUAUAUGCAGGUUAAUUUAUGUUUACAAAGUAUGUAGGGUGGAAGAAUAUCUAAAAUUUGUUGAGGUUCAAGAUAAAGAAAUGGAGAAUUUUGUUGCUGAAAAGGAGAAACUGUUGCAUGCCCAUCAAGUGGGUUAUGCUGCUUUGAAGAAGAGGCAUUGGGAGGAAGAGGUGGAGCAUGAGCAGAAGUUUGAUGAGGAACUUACCAAGCUCAUGGAAAAGUAUUCCCCUUCCUAGACAACUAUGUUGGGGUUCUUUGCUUGGACUCAUACAAAACAUAUAAACACAGCAUUAACAUUAAUACAGAAAAUAGAAGUGCCCAGACAUUUACUACAUAUUCAGUGUAAUGUUUUUUAUUUCUUGGUACUUGUCAACAUUGGUCCA